UGCUGUUGUUACAUAGGAAACAGCUGAAGACUCUCCACAUGACAGGGGGGAAAGGAGGAAGUGGGGCGGCCCGCGGGGCGCCGCCGCUCCAGUAGCCGCCGUGCUCGGACCGUGGCAGCCGGCGCUCAGGUCUUUCCCGCGUCUUUGCGGACUGAUCGCCCUCGAGGGCGGGCUUGCGUCCCGGUGCCGCCGCUGAGGGGAGGCGGGCAGGCAGCGGAGGAGCGCCCCGCCGGGCCGCGGCGUCUCGUCGGGGAAGUUUAGUGCGGCGCGGGAUCCUGCCGACCUCCCCCGGGCUUCCCGCUGGCUGAGGAGGUGGCGCCGGCUAUGAACGGCUUCGUCGCCGAGGAGGUGACCCAGCGCGGGGCGGACCCCGCCGCUACCGUCGCGGUGGUGAGCAAUGCGGGCUCCGCCGUAGAGGUACCGCCAGCGCCGCCGGGGCUGGCUCCGGCCGCUGCCGCGGGCUCGGCAGGCGCCGGGAGUGCGGGCGGCCCCGGGGCUGGGCAGCUGUGCUGCCUGCGGGAGGAAGGGGAGCGGUGCGGCCGCGCCGCCGGCAACGCCAGCUUCAGCAAGCGGAUCCAGAAGAGCAUCUCGCAGAAGAAGGUGAAGAUCGAGCUGGACAAGAGCGCAAGACAUCUGUAUAUUUGUGACUUCCACAAAAACUUAAUUCAGAGUGUGAGAAACAGAAGAAAGAGGAAAGGCAGCGAUGAUGAUGGUGACUCACCAGUGCAAGACAUCGACACCCCAGAGGUUGAUUUAUAUCAGUUACAAGUAAACACACUUCGAAGGUACAAAAGACACUUCAAGCUACAGACCAGACCAGGCCUUAACAAAGCACAGCUUGUUGAAAUAAUUGGCUGCCAUUUUAGGACAAUUCCAGUGAAUGAGAAGGACACCUUAACAUAUUUCAUCUACUCGGUGAAGAACGACAAGAACAAACCAGAUCUGAAGAUGGAUAGUGGGGUUCAUUAGAUGGAAAAGGUUGGGACUGAAACUCAGGCCACAAAUGAAAAGACUGAGGGUUUUUGUUGAUAUGCAGAAGCUUUCUUUCUAACUUUUUCUCCCCAGAGAGUUUGUCUCUGUUUUAUUUUUCAUAACCUUGCUGAUUUGGUUGAAAACCAUCUCUAUGAAACAAAUUUCCUCAGCAAAAGUAUUUUAAAUAAAUAUCACUGAUAUUGUUGCUCAA